GCUCCUCUCCCACCCCAUCCCUCCUCCGCAUUCAUCCUUGGGUGGCUGGCGGAAACGUGCAGGGAGAGAAGCCAGAGAGAGGUGUGGGGAAAGUGAAAACAGGCUGCCCAAACCAGGGCAUUCCCCCCAUUUUUUUUUUUUUUUUAAAAAAAGGAAGUCUGCUGACGUCCGCCAGUUAGUUUUAACAUCCUUUCGGGAGCAGCCUUUGUCUUUGGAAACAACGAUGAACUUUGCGGAGGGAGACGACUCCAAGAGAUACUGCAUUAGAGGGAAACAUGUGGCCAUCAUCUGCGCGGUGGUGGUGGGCGUAGGCUUGAUCGUCGGACUCGCUGUUGGCUUGACCAGAUCGUGUGACCCCGCGGAAAGCGCCCCCACCCAGGGGCCUCCCACCUCCGGCCCUCCGCAGGACCAGGGCGUCUGCCCCGCCAGCGAGGAUGAGAGUGGGGGCUGGAAGAACUUCAGGCUCCCGGACUCCAUCAGCCCGGUGCACUACGACCUGGAGGUGAAGCCGGUGCUGGAGCAGGACACGUACACGGGCACCGUGACCAUCGCCAUCAACGUGAGCGCGCCCACCCGGCACCUGUGGCUGCACCUCCGCGAGACCAAGAUCAGCCGGCUCCCCGCGCUGCGCGGGCCCUCCGGGGCGGCCGUGGGUGUGCAGCGCUGCUUCGAGUACCGAAAGCAGGAGUACGUGGUGGUGGAGGCCGACGCGGAGCUGGCCCCGACCCGCGACGGCUUCUACCGCCUGACCCUGGAGUUCGCCGGCCAGCUGAACGGCUCGCUCGUGGGCUUUUAUAGGACGACCUACGUGGAGAACGGGCAGAUCAAGAGCAUAGCAGCCACUGAUCAUGAACCAACAGAUGCCAGGAAAUCCUUCCCUUGUUUUGAUGAGCCCAACAAAAAGGCAACUUAUACAAUAUCUAUCGUCCACCCCAAAGACUAUCAGGCACUUUCAAAUAUGCCGGUGGAGAAAGAAGAGUCAGUGGAUGACAAAUGGAAACGAACAAUUUUCCAGAAGUCUGUCCCCAUGAGCACUUACCUGGUGUGCUUUGCUGUGCAUCAAUUUCACCCCAUAAAGAGAACAUCAAAGAGGGGAAUACCUCUCACUGUAUAUGUCCAGCCAGAGCAAAAGCACACAGGUGAAUAUGCUGCCAACAUAACUCAAAUUGUGUUCGAUUAUUAUGAAGAAUACUUUGCUAUGGAUUAUGCUCUUCCUAAAUUGGAUAAGAUUGCUAUUCCAGACUUUGGCACUGGGGCUAUGGAGAACUGGGGACUCAUCACGUACCGGGAAACGAACCUGCUGUAUGACCCCCUGGAAUCAGCCUCAUCCAACAAGCAGAGGGUUGCCACUGUGGUUGCCCAUGAACUUGUGCAUCAGUGGUUUGGAAAUACUGUGACCAUGGAUUGGUGGGAAGACUUGUGGCUGAAUGAAGGCUUCGCUUCCUUCUUUGAGUUCCUGGGAGUAAACCAUGCAGAAGGAGACUGGCAGAUGCGGGACCAGAUGUUACUUGAAGAUGUACUACCUGUACAAGAGGAUGAUUCUUUGAUGUCUUCACACCCCAUUGUUGUCACUGUGUCAAAUCCUGCUGAAAUAACAUCUGCUUUUGAUGGAAUAUCCUACAGCAAGGGAGCUUCCAUUCUGAGAAUGAUUGAAGACUGGAUAACACCAGCGAACUUUCAAAAAGGAUGUCAGAUUUAUUUGAAAAGAUACAAAUUUGAGAAUGCAAAAACUUCAGAUUUUUGGGCAGCACUUGAAGAGGCAAGUAAUCUGCCAGUGAAAGAAGUGAUGGACACCUGGACCAAACAGAUGGGUUAUCCUGUCCUUGAUGUGACUGAUAUGAAGAAUAUCAAACAGAAACGCUUUCUAUUGGACCCAAAAGCUAAUCCUUCUCUGCCACAUUCAGAGCUUGGUUACACAUGGAAUAUUCCAGUUAAAUGGAGUGAAGAUAGUGGCUCAAGUAUUACAUUCUACAAUAGGUCAGAAACAGGAGGAAUCAGUUUGAAGCCUCCUAAUUCUGGAAAUGGUUUUCUCAAAAUAAACCCAGAUCAUAUUGGGUUUUAUCGUGUAAAUUAUGAAGUAUCAACUUGGGACCUGAUCAUUACCAGUCUUUCCUCCAACCACACGGGCUUUUCUUCUGCUGACCGUGCAAGUUUUAUUGAUGAUGCUUUUGCCUUGGCAAGAGCUCAACUUCUAGAUUAUAAGGUGGCUCUGAACUUGACCAAGUAUCUCAAAAUGGAAAAGGACUUUUUACCAUGGCAGAGAGUUAUUUCAGCUGUCACCUAUAUCAUUAGCAUGUUUGAAGAUGAUAAAGACCUUUACCCUGUGAUUGAGGAAUACUUCCGAGGUCAGGUGAAGCCGGUUGCAGAUGCUUUGGCAUGGGAUGACACUGGAGACCACCUCACAAAGUUACUCCGUGCCUCUGUGUUAGGGCUCGCAUGCAAGGUGGGAGACAAAGAAGCCUUGGGCAACGCUUCCCAGUUAUUUCAGCAGUGGCUCACUGGGACUGUGAGGAUUCCUGUAAAUCUCAGGCUUCUGGUAUAUCGUUAUGGGAUGCAGAACUCUGGCAAUGAGGCUUCAUGGAACUACACUCUUGAUCAAUAUCAAAAAACUCCAUUAGCUCAAGAAAAAGAAAAGCUGCUGUAUGCAUUAGCAUCUAUCAAGAAUGUUACUCUUCUGUCAAGGUAUUUGGACUUGCUCAAGGACUCAAACCUUAUUAAAAGCCAGGAUGUGUUUACGGUCAUCCGAUAUAUCUCAUAUAACAGCUAUGGGAAGAGCAUGGCCUGGAACUGGAUACAGCUCAACUGGGAAUAUCUAGUCAACAGAUUCACACUCAAUGACAGAACCCUUGGCCGGAUUGUCACAAUAGCAGAGCCAUUCAACACUGAACUCCAGCUCUGGCAGAUGGAGAGUUUCUUCAAAAAAUACCCAGAAGCUGGAGCAGGAGAAAAACCUAGGCAACAAGCGCUGGAAACAGUGAAGAACAAUAUCGAAUGGCUAAAGCAAAACAGGAAGAGCAUAAGCGAGUGGUUUUUGGCAUUACCCAGGAGUGGAUAAGGUGUUCAAAGAGCAUUUUAAUUUUGUAAAGGUCUUGUUUCUACUAUUAAGCAUUUGGUGACCCAAUUUACAAGCUCUGUGGAGGAACCUUAUACACAGAUACUGCUUUCACUAAGGCAUGUACUCAGGGAUUUCUUCUAAGUGUACUUCAUAGGAGAUUCUUUACCAAUGGAAGAGAAUUUAAUAGCCAUUGGAAAUGUCUUUAAAUAUCACUCUUUGUAUUUUAAGUCUGUGAAAAUAGAACAAUUUGGUCCUAGCUUUACAUUUUUAGUGCCAAAGAAACACCACUAAUCUUUUCUCUUGAUUGAUUUUUUUUAAAGUUUGAAUACCCGUAUUUGAGGGACCAAUAUUACCAUCUUAAACUUCAUUUUAUGAUUCAGAAUUAUACAGCUCUAAUACCAUUUUAUUCACAUAUGUCUUAUUCCUUUAAAUCCUACCAAAGUAACUGGGCUUAAAUUUUACUUAAGAAUUGUAUGAAUUAGCCAAAGAAGUGGCUGGCUGUUGGCGUUGCUCUUGUAAAAUCAACGAGAACCCUCCUCUCCUUUUGAAAAUAAAUCUGAAUGAUUACCUUGAAAAAAAAAAUGUUUUUCUGUGUCACUUUACUCUU